AUGGAUCCAGGCAUGCCGACGCGGCCGCCCGACUACUAUCUGGGCGGCGGGGCAUCUUCGUCGCCGGCGGGGAUGCACAGCCGCGGCAAUCCGGCUGCGAUCCGACUGCUGACAUCAUUUGACGGCGGCAGCCUGGACGAGGAGGCAGCUCCGGCGCCACGACACAUGAGCAACAGCAACAUGACGCGGACGGGCAGUCCGAACCGGGUAGCAGCGGCUGUGCUGACGCUCGAGGACCGGGUGCGGUCAACGGAGCAGCAGCCACAGCGCGGAGCAGAUGGAUGGGCGACAGCAGCAGCGGGCAGCGCGGGUCGAUACCAGACACCGUCGCUGCUGUCGGAUCCGUUUCUAGGCAGCAGCUCGCGGGCAUCGUCGAUUCUGGAGCCGCCGGUGAUGAUGCCGCCGCCGGAGUCGAUGUAUGCGCCGAUGCGGACAGUUCGCAGCGACUUUAGCAGCGGGACCAGCCUGCGACCAGCGUCGCCGACGCGGCCUUGGACGCCAUCGGUGAGCGGGCUGCACCACCACCAGUACAGCCGGGUGCCGCCGCCGGUGCCGCUGCAGUACGAGCCGGCGGAGAUCAACGGCAGUCCGCGGCCGGGGACGCCGUCAUCACGGUACGGCGGCAGUCCAAGGCGGCCGCUGCCACCAGCGCCGCUCUUCUCGGAGGUGGGCAGCAUUCGGACGUCGACGUUUGCAGACGACGCGACGGUGUCGAUUCCGCUGGGCGGCGGUGGCGACGACGACUUCAGCCAGCUGUCGUCAGGGCUCAGCCACGAGCCGUACGGCGAGGAGCUGGACGAAGACCUGGAAGCCGGCAGCGACGACGCGUUCCGGCCGGCGUACCACCACCACAAUAUGUCGCAGGCCACGCUGAACGAGGACGGUAGUGUGGGCGAAGACAUUGCCGACGUGCUGCGGCGAAAAGAAGGCAUGGGACAGGGACAGUAUGGCGAGCAGGAGUACAGGGAUUAUGGAGAUCACGUGUACGACCGGAAUGAGUACGAUCAGAACGAGUACGACCAAAACGAGUAUGGCCAGAAUGAGCUGGACCAGAACGAACUGGGCGACGCCAGCAGCCAGCUGCGUGCCAAGGUGGAACACUACGGCCCGGCGCCGGAGGGACGACAGGAGCGACGCGGCGUGCGCGAGCCGCAGAUGAGCAAGAAGGCGGUGCAGCUGAUCAACGGCAAGCUGGUGCUCGAAUGCAAGAUCCCGACGAUUCUGUUCAGCUUUCUGCCGCGACGCGACGAGGUGGAGUUCACACACAUGCGUUACACAGCAGUCACGUGCGAUCCGGACGACUUUGUCAGCCGGGGGUAUAAGUUACGCCAGAACAUUGGGCGGACGGCGCGCGAGACGGAGCUGUUCAUCUGCGUGACGAUGUACAACGAGGACGCGUACGGGUUCACGCGGACGAUGCACGCGAUCAUGAAGAACAUUGCGCACUUUUGCGGACGCAGCAAAUCGCGCACCUGGGGCGAGCUGGGGUGGCAGAAGAUCGUGGUGUGCGUGGUGUCGGACGGACGCGAAAAGAUCCAUGCACGAACGCUGGAUGCACUGGCAGCCAUGGGAGUGUACCAGCACGGGAUCGCGAAGAACUACGUGAACCAGAAGGCGGUGCAGGCGCACGUGUACGAGUACACGACGCAGGUGUCGCUGGACUCAGACCUCAAGUUCAAGGGAGCGGAAAAGGGCAUCGUGCCGUGCCAGAUGAUUUUCUGCCUGAAGGAACGCAACCAGCGGAAGCUCAACUCGCACCGGUGGUGCUUCAACGCGUUUGGGCAGGCGCUGAACCCGAACGUGUGCAUCCUACUGGACGUGGGGACGCAGCCGGGCAAGACGUCGCUGUACCACCUGUGGAAAGCGUUUGACACGGACUCGAACGUGGCGGGAGCCUGUGGAGAGAUCAAGGCGAUGAAGGGCCGGUUUGGCGGCAACCUGCUGAACCCGCUGGUGGCGUCGCAGAACUUUGAGUACAAGAUGAGCAACAUCCUGGACAAGCCGCUGGAAAGCGUGUUCGGCUACAUCACGGUGCUGCCGGGAGCUCUGAGCGCGUACCGCUACCACGCGCUGCAAAACGACGAGACCGGCCACGGACCACUGAGCCAGUACUUCAAGGGCGAGACGCUACACGGCCAGCACGCAGACGUGUUCACGGCCAACAUGUACCUGGCCGAGGACCGGAUCCUGUGCUGGGAGCUGGUGGCGAAGCGCGGCGAGCGCUGGGUGCUCAAGUACGUCAAGGGCUGUACGGGCGAGACUGACGUGCCCGACACGGUGCCCGAGUUUAUCAGUCAGCGACGACGCUGGCUGAACGGCGCCUUUUUUGCGGCCGUCUACUCGCUGGUGCACUUCCGGCAGGUCUGGGCGACCGACCACACGUUUGCGCGCAAGGUGCUGCUGCAUGUCGAGUUUUUCUACCAGUUUGUGCAGCUGCUGUUUACGUACUUUUCGCUGGCGAAUUUCUACCUGACGUUUUACUUUGUGGCUGGCGGCCUGGCCAAUCCGAAGUCGGACCCGUUUGGCCACAACGUCGGGCUGUACAUCUUCACGGUGCUGCGCUACACGUGCGUGCUGCUGAUCUGCACGCAGUUUAUCCUCUCGCUGGGCAACCGACCGCAGGGAUCGCGGCGUCUGUACGUGGCCGGCAUGGUGAUCUACGCCAUCAUCAUGACGUACACGACGUUUGCCUGUCUGUACAUUAUCGUGGAGCAGCUCAAGGACUCGACGGCCAUCUACAUUGGCAACAACGUGUUUACGAGCCUGAUCAUCUCGACCAUGUCGACGGUCGGGCUGUACUUUGUCAUGUCGUUCCUCUAUCUGGACCCGUGGCACAUGUUCACGUCGUCGGCACAGUACUUUGCCCUGCUGCCGAGCUACAUCUGCACGCUGCAGGUGUAUGCGUUUUGCAACACGCACGACGUGACGUGGGGCACCAAGGGCGACAACGUGCUGCGCACGGAUCUAGGUGGUGCCGUCGGCCAGGGCAGCACGGUCGAGCUGGAGAUGCCGUCGGAGCAGCUCGACAUUGACAGCGGCUACGACGAGGCGCUGCGCAAUCUGCGUGACCGCGUCGAGGUGCCGGUGCUCGGUCCGUCCGAGUCUCAGCUGCAGGAGGACUACUACCGCAGCGUGCGCACGUACAUGGUCGUCAGCUGGAUGAUCGCCAACGCCAUCCUGGCCAUGGCCGUGUCCGAGGUCUAUGGCGUCGACAGCAUCGGUACCAACCUGUACCUGCGCUUCAUCAUGUGGUCGGUCGCCGCCCUGGCCGCCUUCCGCGCCAUCGGUUCUACCACCUUUGCCGUCAUCAACGUCGUCAACAUGGUCGUCGAGGGGCGCGUGCGCCUGUCGCUGCACAUGCCCUCGUGGGCCGGUGGCCUGGGGUCGCGGAUGAGCGAGAAACUGAGCAGCAUUGGGAGUCUACGAUGA